ACAUGUAAAAUGAAUUGCAUGUUCUAGUAUAGCGGUAGCAUCUACAUCUACCUUAUUUCAAGAGGGAGAAAUAUUUUUAAAGCAGCUUUCAAGUUUGCAGUUAAGUGGGAAAUGAGCAUACCAUUUAAUCUUUCCGAUCGAGUGUGCAUCGAUCAAGCUCAGUGAUUUACCAAAUUAACCAGUGCUUGAAUGAAAAAUACGAAAAUGAAGGGAGAGUUACCAGAACUCCUGGCGAUGUCUACUAGUAUUUUAAUCGUAAUUAUUCUACAAUAUUCGGCCGUGGCAGCAGGAAAUUUGUAUUUUUUGAGCGAGAGACUGGACGGCAAAAUCAAAACGCCACCCGAUUCCAACACCCAAGUAGCGGUGUCCCUACUGCAGUGUUCAGCACUCGCGAGCCAACAGAAUCUUCCCGGGAUAUCGUACAACACUGUAUCCCAAGCAUGUUAUAUGUAUCUUACCUGUCUACAGGUGAGUGAUGGAAGCCUCAUCCAGGAAAACGGGUGGAGACAUUACUGCACUGACUCCGUUCCAGAGGCUUUCAGUCCAAUGGCAUGUCAUUACAAACUUCUAUCGGGAACAAUGGGAUGGAUAGAAGCCAAGGCAGAAUGCAUUCGAAACAGUGGGUACUUACUUGAGAUUCACAGCGAAGAGGAAGCGAACUUCGUGGAGACAAAUAUAUUCGAUACAGGAUCCUGCACCGGCUCUAUUUAUUGGUUAGGCGGAUUGAAAAACAGCUCAAAGGUCACGUGGGUGACCAGCAAAUCAGAUGUUCCUGUCCUACCGGAACAAGGCUACUCAAAGUGGUCCACGCAUGAGCCGACCCUUGAUAUCACAGGUUUCGACUGCAUGCUUUGGGUGUUCACUGGAUGGAAGGUCUAUACAUGUAACGAACCUAAGUGUACCAUUUGCAAAGCUGAUGACUGUAUCUACUAGACUUACUCAACUUGUUAUUAUAAACUUAAAACAAUGUUUGAUGUAUUAAUUAUGGACGGAAAUUCGACUAAGAAUUUUUUUUAUUUAUAAUGUUUCAAAGUAUUUAGAUAUUCCAAAUGCGACAUCAAGAUUGAAUCCAAAAUACUA